AUGUUUAAGUUCGCAGUCCUGAUCGCUUCCUUGGCUUACGCCAGCGCCGGAACGGAACAUUCCGUGCCCUAUGCCACUCCAGCGGCUGCCCACUACUUGUCUGCUCCAGCCGUGAGCUACAACACCUUCACCCGUCAUCAAUACGCCGCUCCAGCUCAUCAUGGAUACGCUCACGCUGCUCCCGUCCUGGCUGCCCCUAACCACGUAUAUACCACCACUCCAUUCACUCGCACGUAUGGCACUCCAGCUCUCUCGUAUGGCCACAGCUACGCUCCAUCUCUGUCGCACGACAACUAUGGGUAUUCUUCAUAUGCUGACCCACUCAGCACCAAAACACUUGCCGUUGCCCAGCCUCAGCUAUACCACCAAAACACCUAUGCCACUCAUGCCGUUGCUGCUCCAGUCCUGGCUACCCAUGGCUUCAACUAUGCCCCAGUUUCUGCUGGUGCCCAUCUCCUUGGCUACAACAACCAUCACGGCCAAUACGCUUAUUAA